AUGGGUUGUGCCAAGAAACAGAAGACGACACAGCCAGAACUAACCUUAAGUGUUGAGUUACUUGAUGGGGGUAAAAGGGAAGAAAAUCUGCUUCUGAGGAUCAGGUCAAAUGUGAAGGGUUUUGUUUGCAACAUGGACCAAGGAGGAGGAGUGUUGGAGCUGCACACACAAGAGUUGAAGAUGCCUCAUACCAUGAUUAUGCAAGACUUUGUUGCAGGAAUGGGGGGUCUUGCCCACAUCGAUGGCGAGCACAUAGUUGUGUCAGUGCCUGAGGGGAUGCUUCUUUCUGAUGUUAUGACUGACGAAGGUAUCCUCCUGGAGCACGGUCUGGAGGUGGAGGGCUUGGAGACACACGUGGUGGAAGGACUGGAGACUGAAGUGGUGGAGGGCUUACAUGCAGAUGUGGAUCUGGAGGACGGGCUGCAGACUCAUGUGGUGGAGCUGGAAGCUCAGGUGGUGGAGGGCUUGGAGGGAGAGGUGGAGGUUGAAGGGCUUGAAGCACAUGUUGUGGAAGGGCUGGACGCUGACGUGGAUGUGGACGAGCUGGAGGCUCAUGUGGUGCAGGGGCUGGAGGAGGAGGUGGAGGUGGAGGGGCUGGAGGCAGAGGUGGUAGAGAGCCUGGAGGUGGAUGUGGACGCCUUGCAGUCACAAGGUCAUGACAUGAGCAGUGAGGACAUGGUGUCGUCAGAGCACAGUGUCAUCAUGCCCGACAAUAUUCUAGGAACAGAAGUGGCAAUCGAAGAGGCUCUAGACCCUCAUCACCACCAUGUCUUGACAUCGGACCUCAUUCAGGACUCGGACCACCAUGAUGAUAUGCCAGACCAGGUCUUUGUGGCUGAGCUGCUAUCAGAACAUCAGGACAAUACUUUAGACCACCAGCUGGUGUCGGAGGGUUUGAUGGUGACAGAAGCCAAUGCUGAAACCAUUAUCCACGAACGGUUACAAACUACAACUGUUCCUCUUCAGACGGAUGAGGAGGAUGACGCACAAAGUAGCUCUGAGGAUUAUCUAAUGAUUUCAUUGGAUGAGGUGGGAGAGAAGCUGGACAUUGGCGACACACCUCUUGAAAUCAGCACCGAGGUUUUGGAGGAUAAAGAAAUCAAAGACGAGGAUGGGUCAGAGGUCAUCAAAGUCUACAUCUUUAAAGCUGAAGCUGAUGAUGAUUUAGGUGGAACAGAGGUGAUAACAGAAGAUGAUUAUCACAAUGGGCACCCUGACUUGGAGGCCGCCUCUUCAGGUCGAUUAGGAGUUGGCCGUGAUAAGAUGGUCUACAUGGCUGUAAAGAAUCCACCAAAAAAGGAAGAGGAAGAAGACGAUGACAGUGACGACGACGAUGAUGAUGAUGAGAUCAAUGAUACUAUUGAUCAGGUCAAAAAUGGCACGGUUACACCUUUUGUUCAAAUCCGAGAGGCUCUUAAUUCAAACCGAGCCCUUAAACCCAAACCUAAGAAAAAGAAGAAAGGGGACACGCGGCAGUGUCAGACAGGUGUGGACUAUGCAACAUUUUCCCACUAUGCCGUAAUCAUUGGACCAGAUGGGAUGCCUUUGACUGUUUAUCCUUGUUACAUUUGUGGGAAGAAGUUCCGCUCUCGAGGCUUCCUGAAAUGUCAUAUGAAAAACCACCCUGACCAUCUUUUGAAAAAGAAGUAUCAGUGUACAGACUGUGAUUUUACGACCAAUAAGAAAAUCAGUUUCCACAAUCAUCUGGAAAGUCACAAACUGCUAAGCCACAACAGCGAGCGUUCUCCAGAAUACACUGAGUACACUCGGCGUUUCCACGAGUCCAGUCCGCUUGGAUCAGAUAAGCUAAUUGUAAAAGAUCGAGAGCCCAAACUACAUCACUGCAAAUACUGCGAGUAUGAAACUGCUGAACAGGGCCUUCUUAACCGCCAUCUGCUGGCAGUACACAGUAAAAACUUUGCACAUGUCUGUGUGGAGUGUGCCAAAGGCUUCCGCCACCCAUCAGAGUUGAAGAAACACAUGCGGACGCAUACAGGUGAGAAGCCAUACCAGUGCCCACACUGCGAGUUCCGCUGUGCGGAUCAGUCCAAUCUUAAGACUCACAUCAAGAGCAAACACGGAGCAGACAUGCCGUUCAAGUGCAGCCACUGUCCACAGGCCUAUGCUGACGCUCGAGAGCUGCAGCGCCACAUAGAGAUGGUGCAAGGCCACAAAACCCACCAGUGCCCACACUGUGAGCACAAAAGCACCAACUCUAGUGACCUGAAGCGACACAUCAUCUCUGUUCACACCAAGGACUUCCCCCAUCAGUGCGACGUGUGUGAGAAAGGCUUUCACAGGCCCUCCGAGUUAAAGAAACACGCAGAGACACACAAAGGCAACAAGGUGCAUCAGUGCCGCCAUUGUAAUUUUAAUGCCCCCGACACUUUCACCCUUAGCCGCCAUAUCUUGUCCUUGCACACAAAGGACCUACCUUUUAAAUGCAAGCGCUGCCGGCGAGGGUUCCGGCAGCCUGCCGAGCUGAAGAAGCACAUGAAGACACACAGUGGUAGAAAGGUUUAUCAGUGCCAGUAUUGUGAAUACAACAGUACGGACGCUUCAGGUUUCAAACGCCAUGUUAUCUCUAUUCACACCAAGGACUACCCUCACCGCUGCGACUACUGCACCAAGGGUUUUCGACGGCCCUCGGAGAAGAGCCAGCACAUAGCCAGACAUCACAAAGAGAUGUUAAUGUAA